AUGGCAGGACCUCAGGUGGGGCUCCCAGGACCAUUCCCAGAGCCCCCAGUUGGACCAUGCCCUGUCUCUGAUUCUGAUUCGGACUCCGAGGAUGCAUCCAUGGGCGGCACAGGACCCGGUGCCAGGGUGCAGAACCCCUCCCAGGUCAUCCACAGUGGCCACUUCAUGGUGUCGUCCCCGCACAGCGACUUGUUGCCCCGCCGGCGACACCACCGCACCGAGCCCAAACUGGCUGAUCCCCGGAGCAUCGACCUGACCCUCACCUGGCUCUUCGAGUGCAUGAGCCUGGAGUACAGUGAGAAGCUGGUGUCUCCAAAAUGGAAGAAUUUCAAGGGGCUGCGGCUGCUCUGCCGGGAUAAAAUCCGUCUCAACAAUGCUAUCUGGAGAGCGUGGUACAUCCAGUAUGUGGAGCAGAGGAAGAACCCUGUGUGUGGCUUUAUCACCCCACUGGAGGGGUUGGAGGCUGAGGAGCACCGAAAACCAGAGGCUGUCGUGCUGGAGGGCAACUACUGGAAACGCCGCAUCAAGGUAGUGAUGAGGGAGUACCACAAGUGGAGGAUCUACUACAAGAAGCGGCUCCGAAAGUCCACCCAGGAGGGAGAGCUCUCCAGCCCAAAGCGGACUGAGGAUGUCUGGAGGCCAACAGAGAAAUGGUGCAACCAGCUCUUCUGCAAUGUGGUGCCCAUGCUGCUUGGGGAUGAGGAAGAGGAGCCAGGGGGUAGGCAGCACUUUGACUUGGACACCUUCCUCUCAGACAUCUCUGACACCCUCUUCACCAUGACACAGAUGCCCAGUGCCCACCAGGCAUUCCCUGAGGAUGCAUAUGCUGGGAACGCUGACGUGAUACAGCUGGACUUGGCACCCCUGCAGCCCAGCCUGGAUGAUAUGGAGACCUCAGAUAUCUUCAACAGCCACCGGCCACCACCACCACAGAUGCAACUGGUCUACCAGGAGCCACCCUGCUUUGUGCCCAUGGCCGAGCCCCGGUUCAGCGAGAGGGAGUCCCUGAUGCACAUGCAGGGGCUGCCUGCUGGCCCCGAGGCCCCGCUCUCACCCAGCACCCUCCCCCAG